AAAAACAAGAAGAAGAAGAAGAAGAGGGCGCCAGAUGGGGCCAUAGGGCGCGUAAACUCAAAACAACUUGCACUGCACUGUUUGUUGAAUCUGCUUCCUCUUAGUUACAGCAGACGAGCAGAUAGCAUGUAGCACAUGUAGCACAGCAUGACGUUCCAGACAUAUAUUGAUUUCAAGUUGGGAGUAGUUCUAGAAGCUAAUUUCAAACAGAAAUUCGAUUUGUGACAGAUGAUGUGAGGAUGGACUGACAUGUAGUUAAAGCAAAUAUAUCAUGCAUAACGUUACCGUACAUCUGUUAAGAUUUGGCAAGUAACGUAACGUUAACUGUCAGGCUACUGCAACAUUAGCUAGCUUCUACGUUGGCUCACUGGCUGCAGUUGCUACCGAACUAUAACUGGAUUGUUGCUGUCGCUGUAUCAGGAACACGUCCUUGGAGCUAAUUUAGCAACGUUAACGUUCAAUUAAAAGGCUAACUUACGGACUUCGGCAUUUCUUUGUUAAACCACUGUUGAGUAACGUUAACGUUGACUUUUAACAGUUAGUCACUGUGAGUGAUGUCUGCAAUGGACGAUCCCUCACUAGAGAGGCACUUCAAAGGCCACCGAGAUGCAGUUACAUCUGUUGAUUUCAACUGCAACAUGAAACAAAUAGCCACAGGAUCCUUGGAUUCGUGUUUGAUGAUAUGGAAUAUGAAGCCUCAGAUGAGAGCAUACAGGUUCGUUGGUCACAAAGACGCAGUGCUCUCAGUACAGUUCUCACCUUCCGGACACCUGGUGGCCUCUGCAUCCAGGGACAAGACCGUCCGUCUCUGGGUACCUAGUGUAAAAGGUGAAUCAACCGUGUUCAGAGCACACACUGCCACUGUCCGCAGUGUCAGCUUCUCCAAUGAUGGUCAGUCACUGGUCACUGCCUCUGAUGACAAAACAAUCAAAGUCUGGACUGUCCAUCGGCAAAAGUUCCUCUUCUCCCUCAGCCAGCACAUAAACUGGGUGCGCUGUGCAAAGUUUUCACCAGAUGGACGAUUGAUAGUGUCGGCUAGUGAUGAUAAAACUAUAAAGAUAUGGGACAAAAACAGUCGUGAAUGCAUACAUUCCUUUUAUGAACAUGGAGGCUUUGUGAACUACGCUGACUUUCAUCCAAGUGGCACCUGCAUUGCAGCAGCAAGCAAUGACAACACCGUGAAAGUGUGGGACAUUCGAACCAAUAAACUUCUGCAGCACUAUCAAGUGCACAGUGCAGCAGUAAAUGGUUUGUCCUUUCAUCCUACUGGGAACUACCUCAUCACGGCCUCUAACGAUUCUACGCUGAAGAUCCUGGACUUGGUGGAAGGAAGGCUACUUUAUACGCUACAUGGCCAUCAGGGUCCUGCAACAAGUGUUGCAUUCUCGAAGACUGGUGACUACUUGGCUUCUGGAGGCUCUGAUGAACAGGUGAUGCUAUGGAGGACCAACUUUGAUGCAGUGGAUUAUGGGGAGGUAUUGCGCAAUCAGCAGCAUAAGUGCUUCAGUAGUGAGGAGGGAGUGGCACAAAGUGGAACUUCUAGCAGACCUCAGCACCCCAACUCUUCCAUGCAGCAGCGAACACAGUCACGUGAAGCCACUGAGCAGUCCAGUAGCAGGGGCUCUUCCUGUGAAAGGAGUCGAAAAAGAAGCCAGAGUGGACUUAGCAGAACCUCUAGAGAUCCAUGUACCCAGCCCCUGCCUAUGGAACAGCAGCAAGAACAACAUCCUUUAGCUGCACAGGAAAAAGGGAUACCUGUUGCCCUUGCUAACACUCUGGAGCAUAUAGUGGCUCAACUGGAUGUCCUUACACAGACGGUGGCAAUCCUCGAACAGAGGCUCACUCUGACCGAGGACAAGCUGAAGGAGUGUAUUGACAACCAGCAGAAGAUCGUACUGCAACAACAGCCUGGGGAGUGAACGCUUUAUACUUCCAUAAAGGAAGAGAGGGCUCCUGGUCUACUUGCUCCCUCUUUUUUCCCAGUUUUGCUCGGGUCCACCCCCACCUCUGACCCCAUCCUGAGAAACUUUCAACUCAGUCAACAGCACAAAAGUGUGCCGUUCAAAGCUGGCCCACACCCUGUGGACAUGUAUUUGGAAAGCCACUCCAGAGAAGACAGCUAUUACUGGGUUGUAGGUGUGGUGUUGUCUUUGGGUAGGAUCAGGUGUAUUUGUUUUUCUCCUGAUUAAAAGUCCGAAUUUUAGCAUUAGUGCCCUUGAGGACAUAGCUUUCAGUGUUGUCAGGUAAGGUAAGGUACAUUUGCCAAAAGUGAACAGUGUCUACACCCUUGCAAUGCAAUAUCAUACAAAAUUUAACAAAACACACAUUUCAAGCAAUUGAAUAAAAGUGAAUAUCACGAUGAAGGAAGUAGACUCUUUGGGUGCCUUAGUAUUGAUAUUGAUAAUAUUGACACAAAAUGUAAGCCUCCUCUUUGAAGCUUUUCACAACUGUCAACUAUAGUGUGCUAUUUUUUGUGUUUGGACCAAGUUACUCUCUGAACUUAACUGAUAUUAUUUAAGGCUUUAAAUGUGGACAUACUUUAUGUUUCAAAGUUAGAUGUGUUCUGCUGUUAAAAGUGGUUAGACGAGAUAUUUUAAUAUGUUUAAUGUUUAAUUAAAAAGAAAAUCCAUUCCA